AUGGCCUCACAAUUCGAGACAAGACUGUUUAUCAACAAUGAAUAUGUAGACGCAAAAUCAGGCGAAACCCUGGAAAUCCACAACCCUACCGACUGCAGCCUCGUCGCCUCCAACAUCCACGUCGCUGGAGAAGCAGAUGUCGAUGAUGCCGUCGCCGCCGCCGAAAAGGCUUUCAAAGAGGGGCCCUGGAGUCAAUUCACGGGCGCGCAAAGGGCGGAACUACUAAACCGAUUCGCAGAUAUAUUUGAGAAAAACAUCGAUGAGAUCAUCCGUUUGGAGUCAUUGGCGAUGGGUAUCCCUGUGGGUGGUGGGAAGAUGUUUGCACAGGCGAUUCCGGCUUAUUUUCGAUAUUAUGCAGGAUAUGCAGACAAACUAGAAGGAGAUGUGUAUCCACCCGACGAGGGAGUCUAUAAGUUUGUGCAGUACGAACCUCUGGGUGUUGUUGCUUGCAUUGCUGCUUGGAAUACGACGCAUCUCUACUACGCAUGGAAGAUUGCGCCAGCCCUCGCAGCAGGAAACACAGUCAUCUUCAAAACAUCGGAAAAGUCACCCCUGGGAGGCUUAUUUGUCGGCAAACUCUUUACUGAAGCAGGUUUCCCCCCCGGAGUAGUCAACUUUGUCACCGGUGGCGGUGCUACGGGUCAUUUACUCGCUGUUCACCCCAAAAUCCGUAUGAUCUCGUUUACAGGAUCCAUUAACGCGGGCAGAAAAGUGCAGGAAGCCGCGGCAAAGAGUAACCUCAAGAAGGUAUCGUUGGAGUUGGGAGGGAAGAGUCCGGCGAUUGUGUUUGAAGAUGCCGAUUUGAAGAAUGCGGUGCCUAAUCUUGCUCAAGGAUUCCUAUUCAACUCCGCACAGGUUUGUGCCGCCGCAAGCCGCCUCUACGUGCACGAAUCCAUCUCCUCCAAACUCAUCACCGUCCUGAAAGAAAGUUUCGAAUCCAUCUCCCAAGGCCUCGGCUCCUCUCCCCUAGACCCCAACACUUUUAUGGGCCCCGUCGCCGACUCCGUCCAAUUCGAGACUAUAAUGCGAUACAUCGCCGAGGGCAAACAAUCCGCCACACUGAUCACAGGUGGGAAGCAAAAGGGCGACAAGGGUUAUUUCAUUGAACCUACAAUCUUUGUAAACCCAAGUCCCGAUUCGAAGGUGUUGAAGGAGGAGAUUUUUGGUCCCGUGUUGGUUAUUCAGACGUUCAAGACGGAGGAGGAAGUUCUUGGGUUGGCGAAUGAUACUGAAUAUGGAUUAUCCGCGUCUAUAUACACCGAAAACAUCUCGCGCGCAUUACGAGUUGCAUCCAAGAUCGAAAGCGGAACGGUGGGCAUCAACUCAGUAUUCAGACCUGACAAGUCAACGGCCUUUGGAGGGUAUAAGCAGAGCGGGAAUGGCACGCGAGAGUCCGGGAAGUACGGUCUACAUGAUUUCAUGCAGGCUAAGAGCAUUCAUAUUAAGCUAAAAUAA